AGUUCUGACACUCGCUUGUUUGCUCUCAGAGGUGUGUUGUUAGCUCGGAAGUGUUCCCGGGGAAGAAGUUUUUAUUUCAGACACAAUCUGCUCCUGAAGUUUCAUGCCCGAUCGAGUGUUGGGUUUCAGCAGCCCUAAACUAUUCAUUUGUAGCAAUCUUAUUUCAACAACAUGACAAGUUUGGAAAAGAUGCGGUUGCAUUAAAAUUAAUUUGACAAGAAAUCGCUCGUCAAUCGCUGCAAACUAUUUGCAAGAUUUUACAGCGCUGAAUUUCAUACAAAACAUUACCUCUGCUUAUUCCAUUUGGAACGUUUAAAAUUUUACUCAGCUAAAAGAGUUUAUUCGCUGAUCUCGGUUAUCCAAGAAUUUAGUUUCAAAAAUAAACAGACACCCUUUUUUGUUAAGAGUUACAGUGUGAAGUUUUUGAUUGCCCAUACUAUUUCUACAACUAUCAGACUGAAGUUGCAUUACUAGGACAUGUGCAUUUACAAAUACAUCUUCGAUAUUUGUUGACAAUUCAUAAUGGCUUCUUCGAAAGUGAACCGCGAAAAACUGAAGCGGAAUGGGUCGUUUCAGAAGAAAGAACCUCCCCCUCCGCCCCCAGAUGAUCAUCAGAUCCCCGACGUAAAACUGGAGGACUUUGAAUUGCUCAAAACAAUCGGUACGGGUACAUUUGGACGCGUUGUACUCUCCAGACGGAAGAAAGGUGGUAAAUACUAUGCUAUGAAGAUUCUGGAAAUUGCUGAUGUUAUUCGUUUGAAACAAGUGGAUCAUGUCAAAAACGAAAAAGCCCUUCUAGUCCAAGUUCAACAUCCAUUCAUCAUUGAACUACUUUGGACGCACCAUGACGACCGAUGCCUGUACAUGCUGUUCGAAUACGCUUGUGGCGGGGAACUGUUCACUUACCUCCGCACGGCGGGCAGGUUCACCAGCACCACUGCCAUAAUGUACGCUGCGGAGAUCGUCCUGGCCUUGGAUUACCUUCACAAACUGUGCAUUGUGUACCGGGAUCUGAAGCCCGAGAACUUACUGCUGGACAGAGACGGGCACCUCAAGCUUACGGACUUCGGAUUUGCGAAAAAGCUUCACGAUAAAACGUGGACGCUAUGUGGAACCCCCGAGUACUUGGCCCCUGAAAUAAUUCAAAGUAAAGGACACAACAAAGCUGUCGAUUGGUGGGCUUUAGGCAUCCUAAUUUACGAAAUGUUAGCAGGGUUUCCUCCUUUCUUUGAUGACAACCCCUUUGCAAUUUACGAAAAAAUACUGGCUGGGAAAAUUGACUGGCCUCGACACAUUGAUCCUGUAGCCAAAGAUCUAAUCAAAAAACUACUUGUACCUGACAGAGCAAAAAGGCUGGGAAACAUGAAGCAUGGUGCUGAUGAUGUGAAAAGGCAUCGAUGGUUUAAAAACAUAAUAUGGGAUGACAUUUAUUACAAAAAAAUCGAGCCGCCCCUUAUUCCGGAAGUGAGUUAUGACGGGGAUACCCGGAAUUUCGAGGAAUAUCCGGAAAGAGAUGACAACAACCUCGGCCGUCCUAUUAUACACGAGGACUCCCUCGACAUCUUCGACGACUUCUAGAGACAUCUAGUGUUGUCAAGUGUUUACUUGUACAUAAUGUUUUAAAAACUGGUCUUCGCCUCUUGUGAUAAGAAUAAAAACCUUUUUGUCUUUCUUUUA